AUGCGCAACGAUGUUCCCUGGACGUCUCUGCGCGACUUCGCUGGCUUCCGAGCUGCAGAGAGGAAGCCGGUGUUGGGUCGACUGGCGGUGCCGCCGAGCGAAGACCCAGAGCCUUUGGCCACCACUGCCGCCGACAGAGUUAAGCAGCGCCUCGCUGCGCUGCGAGGAGCCCCAGCGGGGGAGGCACCCAAACGCGUGGCCGGCAUCGCCACGGCCGCGCCCAAGCGGUCCAAGGAGGAGCCGGUUUCCGAGAUCUUGGCCUUUCGCUGUACCGGCAAAGGUUGCGGCCAUCACUGGGUCACGGGCCGUGGGACCACGAGUUGCGAGCAGAUUUGCAAAGCCUGUGGCGAGUCCGUUGUCGGAGUGCCCAGCAAGGGCAGCGUCUUCUGCGAGGUGGACCAGGAGGGCGUGUCAGACAGCGGCGAGGUGGUAAAGAUACGGCUCGAGCGCCACGUCGCCCCGGGCUGGGCCACACUGGAGUUGGAGGACCGGCUGUUGGACUUCGUUCGUGCAGAGAUCAAGUUCGUCUCGCAGUUCUUCCAGGAGGAGGGCAUCCGGGACUACGUGGCAUACCGCUCCGGAAAGCGCCUGGAGGGCGACGAGGGCCGUGACCGCAACAAGGAUGCGCUUCUCGCGCACCGGGCGGCGCGAGUCGUCGACGCAUUGUGUCGAGCCGAAUUCACCAACUUUCUUCGGGCCGGUGAGGCGGACGCGAAGUUACAGGCGUUUCUGAAGGGCCGCAUCCAGUUCUCCCUCACGUCCUCCCCGGAGCGUGACCGUGCCGGCGCAGUCGUGGCCGCGGCCGUGGACUUCGAGAUAGAGUUGGAUAUCGAAGAUCGGAUCGCAGACAAAGCAGACGACAGGCUGCAACGCCUGCGGAAAGUCAUGGCCGAAACGGACAAGAAGGUUCUUGAGAAGUACCGGGACAAAGUUCCGGAGGAGGGGAACAUCGCACUAGUGCAUCCUCGGAAGCUUCUUGCGGAGCUCCUCUCCGGAUUUGACUGGCGGAGGGCUCUCAGCGACAACUUGGACCGCGAGGGCCACGACCAGGUCCGCUGCAUGACCUGUCGGUUCUUGGCUGAAGACUGCAGCGCGGACGUCCCAAAGUCUUUGGACGUUCGCCACGCCUUGCGGGCCAUGCCCAGCUUCGUCUUCGGCAUGGAGGUGGUUCUGACUCAAGUUGGCGGGGCUUGCAAGGACUGGGCUUCGAGAGCUGGCGACAUCUUGGAGGCGAUCGCUCAGAGUCGAGGCAGCGGGUGCUUCAUUUGGGCGCAGCCGGAUGCGCAGGACCAGCUGUUGGUACAGAUCUUCUCACAGCCAGAUUGGCUCAUGAACGCCGCAGACCGGCUUCGAGCCUACGCCACCGGAUCUUCUGCCACUGGCCCAAGCAUCUCUGAUUUGGUGGGUCUGGGGAAGAAGGCCCGCGGGCUCCGUGUCGUUGAGCCCAAGGAAGAGAAGUUCGAGGCCGUUCGUGAUCUCCCGGAGUUUCUCGACUUCUUUGCCUCCCCGGCGGAAGGAGACGCCGCUUCCGGCAGCAAGGCGCCUUUCGCCCACGUGCGCUGGGGGAGCGCGGCGCCCUUGCCGUCCAUGAAGCGAUCGGCGGUGCCAAAGAAGACCCUCCAGGAUGCACGCAGGGCUUUUCGGGCCUACUUCGCUCUGGAGGACCUCCUGACUUUCGUGGACUUCCUCCGGGACUUCCGCCAGUGCCUUCGCUGCAAGAAAGGCUUCCUCGGCCUCUCCGCGCCGCUCGGGCACGCCGCCGCGCCGCGCGCGGCGGUCGCCGUCAUACCGGCUCUCGCCGGCGCCGGAGGCACGUGA